AUGGGUGUCGUUCUGCUGUCUCCUGCCAGGCGCUUCAUGGACGAUCAGAGCAUGGACGUGCUGUGGGCUCGGUUUUAUGGGCAUCAUUUCCACAUGACCGACCAGGAUGCGACCAGGUUCGUUGGAUUGAGGCCCAAGCAGAUCUUCUCCAGGCUCGCGGCGCUCAGCAUAUCCGGGAAGUGGCACGUGACUGGCCGGGUCACGCAGAUGGAGCACGAGGUGGAGAACGCCUACGGCUACGUCCAGUUCUUCACGGAGCGGGAGCGCACGUCGCCCAUCGAGAGCAGCUUCGAGGGCGAGGUCGAGGACGACGAGUCGGCCUUUUUGGUGGAGGGCAAAAUGGUUGGGAACUCACUCGUGAUGUACGAGACCAUCACCAACCACUCGAACGUCCCCAUUGCGGUGAACAUCUGCUCUGGAAUCUUGAGCCUGCAGGGGAGCUUCAUGUCGGGGGUGUGGACACAGCACAACCCCAACCCCAGCGCCUCCCGGGUGCUGUCCGGCACGAUCAGCUCCGGCGUGUUCGAGGCGACGAAGCUGGACGAGGCCGGGGGCCUGGCAGAGCUGCCGCCAGCCCUCGCUUGA